AUGACAGAGAAUGCGACAACCCUCGAAAAGAAACUGAGCCCAGAACUUGGAGGAGUAGACAAUGAUACCGUUGCUGCUGUUGACCAUGGCGUCGAAGUUAAUGCAGCUGGUUAUAAGGAUCAGUUAAAGCGACAAUACGGCCUUUUCGGUAUCGUCGGUAUCGCGCUCACAGUUGAUAACGCAUGGGGAGCUUUAGGUUCUUCAAUAUCAGUAUCUAUUCUCAAUGGCGGUCCGCCGGGUCUUAUAUAUGGGCUCAUCGUUGCCCUCUUCUGGUAUACCUUUAUCGGAAUGAGUUUAGCUGAGUUGGCUUCUUCUGUCCCUACUGCGGGCGGUGUCUACCAUUGGGGUACUAUCGCCGCCGGCCCCAAAUGGGGACGAGCGGUUGGUUUCUUUACAGGAUGGAUCAACUUCUACGGCUGGAUGUUUGACUUGGCCGCCCUAAUCCAAAUCACGGCCAACAUCCUCGUCCAGAUGUAUGCGACUUACCAUCAGGAUACAUACGUUCCAGACGCCUGGCAUGUCUAUGUUACGUACAUUGCCGUCCUAUGGAUCUCCGCUACCUUCGUUAUCUUUGCCAACAAACUCAUUCCGUACACCCAGCACUGUGGCAUGUUCUUCGUCCUAGUUGGGGGAAUUAUAACUAUUAUUGUGAUAUCAGCAAUGCCUAGUACCCACGCCACGAAUCAUUUUGUGUGGGGCUCGUUCGAAGAAAAUAACUUGACGGGUUGGCAAAGCGGAGUCGCAUUUCUCCUUGGAGUGCUAAACGGAGCUUUCACCAUCGGUACACCCGACGCCAUCACCCAUAUUGCGGAGGAGCUUCCGAGGCCAAAGAAAGAUCUUCCAAGAGCUAUGGGGCUUCAGAUAGGAUUGGGAUUCCUCUAUGCGUUUAUUUUUGCUAUCGCGAUAGGCUACGCCAUCAAGGAUCUCGAAGCCUUGCAAGGCGGUAUCAACACGUAUCCCCUUGCUGUUAUAUACCAGCAAGCAACGGGAAGUCCAGGUGCAACUUUCGGCCUCUUAUUUAUCCUCUUUCUCAGCAGUAUGUGCUGCUGCGUUGGAACAGUGCUGACUAACUCACGCACUUACUGGGCCCUCGCUCGAGAUAAUGCCGUGCCGUUUUCUAAUGUUUUUGGCCAAGUCAAUGAAGGUCUAAGCUGCCCCGUCUACGCUACCUUGUUUGUCACAAUUUUUGCUACGGGCCUUGGAGCAAUUCCGCUGGGGAGCUCGAGUGCCUUCUUGGCUCUCACAGGAUCUUUCAUCGUUUUGACUACAGUGUCAUACGCGAUUCCCUUCGCCGCAAAUAUGGCAACUGGUCGAAAGAAUUUUCCUCCAGGCCCAUUCCACAUGGGAAAAUAUGGCUAUGCAAUUAACUCUACGGCUGUCUUGCUUACAGCUCUCUUUAUAAUCUUGUUCUGUUUCCCUUUCUCAUUGCCCACAACUGUGGAAUCUAUGAACUACAAUAGCGUGAUUCUUGUAGGCACGAUCACUCUCUCUACUCUGUGGUGGAUCAUCCAUGGAUCUCGUCACUACCCAGGACCAAAGGUGAUGAAAUUAUAUAUCCAUGACGAUGCGAUCGAAACGAACGGCGAAGGAAUCAAGAAUACAUCGACAUCGCCAAACGAUGAAAGCAUUCCGAUAACCGAAAAAUAG